AUGGCUCUAAUUCAGGACUCUCUGGCGACCAUUGGGGAUGCAAUACAGCACCCAAUCAGCUUGUUCCUGACGGCUAUUGCCGUUCAGCUUGUCUAUCUCAUUGUCUUAGGCCUCUAUCGUCUCUACUUACACCCUCUGAGCAAAUUUCCCGGCCCAAAGCUGGCGGCUUUGACUUACUGGUACCAGACAUACUUUGAUCUCCUCAAGGCUCCUGGUGGGCAGUUUAUGUUUCAAUACCGCAGGCUCCAUGAGCAAUAUGGGCCAAUCAUCCGCAUUAGUCCAAAUGAGGUUCACAUCCAGGACUCGAGCUUCUUCGACGAAAUGUUCUCCCAAACCCUGCACUGGGAUAAGCCUGACCAUCUGCAGUACCGCUUCAACAAUGAGACAGGGACGUUCCCGACUCCUAAGCACGAGAUUCACCGACGUCGCCGUGCAGCAGUGAACCCCUUCUUCUCAAAACAGAGGAUCGCAGACGUAUCCUGGAUCAUGCAGGAGCAAUUAAACACGCUCUGUGCUCGAAUUCGCAAUGAAUACCAGGGAACAGACCAGAUCUUGCGUUUAGAUUGGAUGUGGGGUUGUAUCACUUCCGAUAGUAUCGUUCGCUACUGCUUCGAUCAGAGCUACGGGUUUCUGGAUGCUCCGGAUUUCAAGUCCGCCUUUAUGCAGGCGAUGGUCAAUCUUUUUGACGGCAUCCAUCUCGUUACCCAGUUCCCAUUUGUGGUGACCAUCCUCAAUGCGCUCCCAGAGCAUCUGCUGGCUCUGAUCCAGCCAGGGAUGAAAUAUGUCCAUGACUUCAACCAUGAAAUGAAAUGCCAGAUUAUAGGCGUCCUGGCCGACAAGAAAAACGGGGGAAGCCCUAAGCGCACGGUCUUCCACGCGCUGCUGGAGUCAGAUCUGCCCCCUGAAGAGCUAUCUCCGAUACGUCUCCAGCACGAAGCUAUCAGCGUGGUAGGGGCAGGCAUUGAGACAACCAAGUGGGCCCUGUCUGUUGGCAGCUUUCACAUCAUCAACAAUCCUGUGCUCUACCAACGCCUGCGGGAGGAGCUCGAGGCAGCGAUUCCCGACCCUCAGAACAUCCCUCCAUUGAAAGAGUUGGAGCGGCUCCCUUAUUUAACCAGCUGUAUCCAAGAAUCAAUUCGCAUGUCCUAUGGAACAGCCCAGCGGAGUCCUCGUGUCUCUCAGGCCUUCGACCUGCCCUACAAGUCGUAUAUAAUUCCCCGCGGGUCCAUCGUCAGCAUGGAUAAUUAUGCCAUUUCUCACGAUGAGACCAUCUUCUCAGAUUCGUACGAGUUCCAGCCCGAGCGCUGGAUGGGAGACCCGGUCGCUCCUGACGGCAAGAAGCUGGUCCGGUAUCUGGUGUCAUUUGGCAAGGGCACUCGAUCAUGUCUGGGCAUCAACCUGGCUUAUGCGGAGAUGUAUAUUGCCAUGGCGAAUAUCUACCGGAACUUCGAGUUCGAACUGUUUCAGACGGACCGCACGGAUGUUGACUGUUUCAAGGAGAUGUUCGUUCCUCGUCCGAAGCCAGGGACCUUGGGGGUGCGAGCGAAAGUCAAGUAG